GAAGCAACAACCAAAUAAACCAACUUUCUGGGGAAUCUCUCUUUAAUUCCUCUUCUACGCAGUCACUACCGCUCGUGUCUUUAGGCACCCAUCUCUCGUUUGCAAUUGUGUUGCGAGAAAAACAUUGGAAAUUCGGUCCUUCCCCAUGCUUGUUUCCAGCGCCAUCGCGCUCCUUGCGCUUUGCGCGACCACCCUCGCUGUUCAAUCGAUUGUGGUGAAAGGCUCGGACCUCGUGAAUGCAGUCACCGGCAAUAGGUUCCAGCUUCUUGGAGUCGCAUAUCAACCCGGUGGAAGUUCCGGUUACAACCCGGGCUCUGGCAUCGAUCCCUUGAGUGAUGGCACUGUCUGCCUUCGAGAUGCUGCUUUGAUGCAGCGGUUGGGCGUGAAUGCUAUUCGUGUUUAUAAUGUCGAUCCUGACCUCAACCAUGAUAUGUGCGCCUCAAUCUUCAACGCGGUUGGCAUCUACAUGUUGAUUGACGUUAACUCCCCCUUGGCUGGAGAGAGUCUCGAUCGUGGCGCACCAUGGACCACCUACACAUCCUCAUACCUGAAUCGGACAUUUGCCGUUGUAGAGGCCUUCAAGUCGUAUGAGAAUACCUUGUUGUUUUUUGCUGGAAACGAGGUUAUCAACGAUCUCGCCUCAGGUGGAGUCGUGCCACCGUAUAUGAGAGCUGUCAUCCGGGACCUCAAAAACUACAUUGCGAAGCACUCCAAGAGGAGUAUACCCGUUAGCUACAGUGCUGCAGAUGUCCGGACAAUUCUGGUUGAUACUUGGAAUUAUCUUCAAUGUACCCUUACGGGCUCCUCUACAGACCCAUCCCGAGCCGACCUCUUUGCCCUGAACAGCUACUCAUGGUGUGGAGCCUCCUCCUUCACAACGUCAAGCUACGAUGUACUGGUAUCAGACUUCAGCAGCACGAGUGUCCCCGUAUUCUUCUCCGAAUAUGGUUGCAAUAAACCUUCACCUCGAGUCUUUACAGAAGUCCCAGUCAUAUAUGGUCCUCUAAUGACUCCGGUCUUAUCUGGCGGUAUGGUUUACGAAUAUUCCGAAGAGCCUGAUGACUACGGUCUUGUGCAAAUCAACAGCAACGGUUCUGCUCAGCUCCUCGUCGACUACGACACGUUGCAGAAGCAGUUUAAUACUCUCAACGUCACUUAUCUUCAGGGUCUAUCUGCUCAGAACGUCUCCGUCACCCCGCCAAAAUGCACCUCUUCUCUGAUCACCACCUCUGGUUUCAGUAGUAACUUCACCAUCCCCGAUGUUCCUGCUGGAGCACAGACACUUAUUGACAACGGCAUCAGUCCGGCUCCCAGCGGAAAGAUGGUGCCUGUCACAGCCUCAAAGGUCAGCCAGGUUGUCCAGCAGAGCAAUGGAGAUAUCAUGCAGAAUCUAGCGAUUACCAUAUUGGCCGAUGAUCAGAGUAACAAUCCCAACGGAGCUUCCCCAACAAGCUCUGAGGCUUCACCAUCGGCGACUAAGAAAAAGAACGGUGGCGAAACCUUGAAAUCCAGCCUGAGUGUAUUGCUGGGAGUUGCUUCGCUUGCGGUGGUCUGCACUUCUUUUCUUUAGAUGCCAUGCGGAGAGUGGACUUUCUUUACUUGUGAUGGCGCCUUGCUAGGUUGAAUCUGUUUCUUGCACAUACUUCGGGCAUUAUGGCUUACGAUUGAUGAGAACGAGCGAGUCUUUGGAUAUUCAUGUUGCCCUGGCUGGCCGGGAUGACUGAAAUUAUGAGCAGAACGAAAAGAUGCACAGAACCUUUAUACACGGUGGAACUAAUAUUCUACCACCCGUUUCCGCAUUCAGCGAAUUUCUCAAAUCACAUUGUGUCCUUUA